AUGCAGAUGACAGCUGCGAGCCUGCGCGACAUUUGUCGGCGGCACGAUCUGUUCGUCACCCCGGAGCUAAACGACACCCUGUACCUGGGCAGCUCGGGAAUAUUCAAGCUGGCAUGCUUGGAGCCAUACGUGAAUUUGAAAACCAUUUUCGCCGAUAACAACUCUCUGGAGAGCUUGGAAGGUCUGCCGCCACUUCCCCACCUGACAUGUCUGUAUUUGCAUCAGAACUCGCUGCGCAGCCUUGCCGACUUCCCCGCCCUCCCCUCCCUGCGGGUCCUCAGCCUCUGCUGCAACCACCUGACCUCCCUUUCUGGGCUGGAGGGGAGCAACGCCCGCCUCGAAACCCUGACGCUGUCCGGCAACCACUUGGCCGGAGACCUGGAUGCCCUAGCUACCUUCCCCGGCCUCACCACCCUCGACCUCUCCAGCAACCGCCUGGAUGACAUGGACCACCUCCUGUGCAUCCUGAGGCAGCUACCCCUGCUCAGGGCUCUGUACCUGAGCGGCAACCCCUGUGUGACCAAGGCUGCUGCGUACAGGAAGAGGGUGGUGGGGAACCUGCCACACUUGGCCUACCUGGAUAAGCGACCCAUCAUGCCCCUGGAGCGAGCAACUGCGGAGGCAUGGUGCGGUGGAAGCUGA